UUUGUUUUCAUUUCGUUGGGAGCCUGCCAUUUUUAUGCUCAAUAUCUGUGUCACAUGUGAGCUAGUGGAAAAUAGGGCGUCAAUGUGUGUGAACCCCCCCCACACUCAUGAAUUAUUAAUUGGAAAACGACUGGGCUUGAGGUUCUACACGUACAAUUUAUACUUACCUGAUGAUUGAAUUGACCCAAUGCGAGACCUAGCGGACCAAUGUGGACCCUGUGAGGGGUGAGACUCGUGACAACUACGUGGUGAACAAUCGUAGGUGUGACGUAAUUCAUCACUUAGCUCUCUUGGGUAAUUGGGGGACAUGGACAGCAAUAAGGAUGAGGCAGACAGGUGUCUGGAUCUGGCUGAACAGUGCAUCAGGGAGAGCAGGUUCGAGGAGGCGGAGAAAUUCGUGAGGAAGGCUAUGAAACUUUAUCCUACCAAAAGGGUUGAAGAAAUUCUUGCGAGAGUCUCGGUAUUGUCAAAGCAGAAUAAAAAAUCAGAUCCCGAGCCUGAAGUCAGGAAACGCCAGACGACGACAACAAAUAAGGAAAAUAGUCAGCCACAAGCCAAUGCCGAGUACUCCAAGGAACAGUACGAGUAUGUUAAACGGAUAAAGAAGUGUAAGGAUUAUUAUGAGAUACUGGGGGUGACUAAGGAGGCGACAGACAGUGAGAUCAAGAAGGCGUAUAAAAAAUUGGCCCUGCAGCUUCAUCCUGAUAAGAAUAAAGCCCCUGGUGCAGCUGAAUCCUUCAAAGCAAUUGGUAAUGCUGUAGCAGUACUAACAGACACCGAAAAACGAAAGCAAUAUGACCUGUACGGUUCAGACGAGGACAGAAUGCAAUCGGCGCAUUCACGAUCAACUCACACUCACCACAACUACUCACGAGGAUUUGAGACUGACUUUACAGCUGAGGAAUUGUUCAACAUGUUCUUCGGGGGUGGUUUUCCACAGCAGGAGUUCUACAUGAGGCGAACCGGUGGCAGAUGGAUGAGACAAACACCUGAUAAUCAGCCACAGCAUGCCCACAGGGAGCAAGCCAAUGGCUACACUGCCUUUCUGCAAAUGCUACCAGUGCUUUUACUCAUAGUUCUCACUAUGAUGAGCAGUUUCUUCAUCUCUGAUCCUCUUUAUAGUUUACACUCGAAUGCGAAAUAUUCGGUUCAGAGGACAACUCAAGACCUCAAAGUGCCCUACUACGUCAAGGAGAAUUUCCACAGCGAGUAUCAGGGCAGUUUACGUAGAUUGGAGAUAUCUGUGGAGGAAGAAUACAUGAUAAACCUCAGGAAUGCUUGUUAUAGGGAAAAAAGUUACAAGGACUCAAUGGUCUGGAAGGCGAGAAACUUCGGCGACGCCGAGCUAUUCCAGAAGGCAAAAAACAUCGACACCCCUUCGUGUCGUAAACUCCAGGAAAUCCACGCGUAAACAAGAUAAUUCAUCCUGCAUAUAAAAUGUAGAUAGGUGUAUAAUAUACAUCCAUUGUGUAUCAAUUAUCCACUUGAAUGCUGUAGAAAACACUGGAGUGCAGUGUAAGAUGUAUCAGCUUACGAUGAAAGCCCCCAGACACCAUUGAGUGAAGCUAUUCUGUACUGCAUUUUUAUGAGCAACUCAGAUAAUUCUCAGUCGGCCACCAAAAUGUAUCGAAAUUAAGGUUUCUCCUACCGUUUCCACUUAAUUUUUUGUGUGUAUAUCCAUGUAAAUUUACAGUUCUUCAUUGUCAAUUCUUUUAUUGAUUGAAUAUCAAUUUGACGCGGAUUUGGGAGAUUUAUGUACAAUGUGCACUUAUUUAUUUAAUGCAUAAUAUCCAUGUAUAUGAUAAUUAAUACUGGUGAAUAAAAAUUGUUUUACGUGCAGUAAACGAAUUUUCAAGUUUCA